AAAUACCCACCUUAUAUUUCAUCAAGCAUCCCUUUCCUUGGACAUGCAAUUGCAUUUGGAAAAAGCCCCAUUGAGUUUUUGGAAAAUGCUUAUGACAAGUAUGGACCUGUGUUCAGUUUCACUAUGGCUGGCAAGACAUUCACAUACUUACUGGGUAGUGAUGCUGCUGCUCUACUCUUCAAUAGUAAAAAUGAAGAUCUGAAUGCAGAGGAUGUAUACUCUCGGUUAACUACACCAGUUUUUGGCAAGGGAGUUGCUUAUGAUGUCCCUAAUAUGGUGUUUUUGGAACAGAAGAAGAUGCUCAAAACUGGGCUAAAUAUUGCCCAGUUUAAACAGCAUGUAUCUGUGAUUGAAGAAGAAACAAAGGAGUAUUUCAAAGCAUGGGGAGAGAGUGGAGAAAAAAACCUAUUUGAAGCCCUUUCAGAACUUAUCAUUUUGACAGCAAGUCAUUGCUUACAUGGGAAAGAAAUAAGAAGCCUACUGAAUGAGAAGGUGGCUCAACUGUAUGCUGAUUUGGAUGGGGGUUUUACUCAUGCUGCCUGGCUUCUGCCAGGUUGGCUACCUCUGCCGAGCUUCAGACGUCGAGAUCGAGCGCACAAAGAAAUAAAGAGUAUUUUCUAUAAGGUUAUCCAGAAACGUCGAAAGUCUGAGGAAAAGGAGGAUGACAUGCUCCAAACUCUACUUGAUGCUUCAUACAAGGAUGGCCGUCCGCUGACAGAUGAUGAAAUUGCUGGAAUGCUGAUUGGGUUGCUGCUAGCGGGGCAGCACACAUCCUCCACUACUAGUGCCUGGCUUGGCUUCUUCAUAGCCAGAGACAAAUCAAUACAGGAACAGUGCUAUGCAGAACAGAGAGCAGUUUGUGGGGAUGACUUGCCACCAUUAACUUAUGACCAGCUCAAGGAUCUCAGUCUGCUGGAUCGCUGUCUAAAAGAAACUUUAAGGCUUAGACCUCCUAUAAUGACCAUGAUGAGAAUGGCCAAAACUCCCCAGACUGUUGCUGGAUAUAACAUUCCCCCUGGCCAUCAGGUCUGCGUAUCUCCCACUGUUAACCACAGACUCAGGGACUCCUGGAAGGAUGCUCUGGACUUCAAGCCUGACCGGUAUCUCCAAGAUAACCCAGCAGCUGGAGAGAAAUUUGCGUAUGUUCCCUUUGGCGCUGGCCGUCAUCGCUGCAUUGGAGAAAACUUUGCUUAUGUUCAGAUUAAGACUAUUUGGUCUACUUUGCUCCGUUUGUAUGAAUUUGAUCUCAUUAAUGACUAUUUUCCAACUAUAAAUUAUACAACAAUGAUACAUACACCUAAUAACCCUGUUAUCAAAUAUAAGAGGAGAUCACUGUAAAUUCUGGAGCUAAAACCUUAUUUAAGUUGUGUAAACUAACAGACUUUUGAAUAAAUGAGUGGCAAAUGUUGCACCUACGGUUAGGAAAGCAACAAUAAUCUACCAAAUGAAAAGUUUCUGCAUCUGUUUUGUCUGCCCACAUAAUUUAAUGCUGUUGUGUAUAAUGGCUUGUUCUACAAAUUUCUUAUUGCCUUUUUAAAAGAAAGUGUCUUUUCUAUUCAUGUAACACUUUAAAGGUGCAUGCCAACUCUUUAAGGUGAAGAAAUAAGUAAUUUCUAUAAACAGAACUCUGCUUUUGAAAAACAAUUGAAGAUUACUUUUCCCAGGAUAAUACAGGGUAAGACUUACGUGUACUUUACCUCUGUAUCCAAUUACAGUACAUCGGUCAGGGAACAGGCACCACCGGGCAAAGUACGUGGCGGUGCCCUACCUUUGAUAUUUGUGAUUCUGUUCCAAGUGAACUAGGUAUGGUCUUGGCUGAUUAUUUAAAAAAAGGUUACUGUACAUUUGAGUAGUAAGCAGGCUAUAAAAUGUUCACAGAUAAGUCUUUUAUGAGAAUAAACGAUUUAACUGUCUAACUUAAAGCAGUUUCAAUUUUUCUAAAAACUUCUGGAAGCAGUGAUCUUCAUAAGCUUGAUAUAAGUGUGAAAGUAAAAAUACGAUGAUACAAAUAACAUUAAUUUGGUAAAUAACCUGUUUUGUGUAUAUAAAAUUGUCACAAAUUAAGUGAAAUAGCUGAAUGUUGUCCCCCUUUGUACUGACUCGUGUAAGAUUGUUAAAUGGUGUUUGGUUCAAGAGUGGUGAUGACAAAUGGCUCACAGGAACGUAGCAUUAAAUUUAUAAACAAAAUUCUUGUGGAAUUUUUCUGUGUUCAACCCUGUCA